CCCUGGCCUCCGCCCUGCGGGCGCCAUGCAGCGGGAGACAGGGAAGCGGAAACCAGGCUAAAUGUGCCGGAGCAGGGGAGACGCAGUAAUAGGAGGGGGGUCGCCUCCCGCUUCCCCUGGGUGCCUCCCAGGGCUCUGCUCAAAUAUCUGGUUCUGGAGGUGCACUACAGGGAUUCUUGCUGUUGUUUCGGUUUUGAUCUUGUGUAUUCACCUUGCGGUAAACAGCUCAUCAGGGAAGGGUUCUUCUGGCUCUCCUCCUCCAGAACCAUGCCCUGCCGACUGGCUGUACCACCAAAGGAAAUGUUACUGCUUCUCUGAGAAAGUAAAGGACUGGAACUCCAGUCAGAGCUUUUGUGCCUCACACAACAGCUCCCUAAUUGUAAUUGAAAGCCAGCAGGAACUGAAAUUUAUAAUGAAAAUAACAAAGCAAGAUCCGUGGAUUGGACUUCGCAAGACAGGAGAAGAAUUCCAUUGGGUAAAUGGGACUCCAUUAGAUACAAGUCUGUUGGCAGUAAAGGGUUCUGGAGAAUGUGCCUAUAUUGAAUCAGCUGUGGUCUCCAGUUCUGGAUGCUCAUUACCCAGGGGUUGGGUCUGUAAAAAGGGCUCUUAGCUCUGUGUACUCAUGCUUCACUCAGCCAAUUAAUGUAAAACCCAGGGUUCAGCUGUCACAGUUGAGGGCAACUGCACCUGUAUGUCCCCUCAGUGAUCCAGCAAGGGCACCUAGUCUCAGGCUUGCUGCAUCGUUCUCCCUUCUGACUGGGGUAUUUCCAAGGCUGCACAGUUGCCUGCCUUUAUUGUGUUGUUCCCAGCACAGAAAGGUUGCCCAAGGACACCUGCUUGCUUUCUCCUCUGAGACAGUUAACAGGUGUAAUUGCUACAGUUAUAAGAUACCACACAGCACUUCCUAUGACAGCCCACUUUAUUCUUAUGGUAAAAAUCAUUACGGAGAAAACAUUGAAAACAAUAAAAGACACUACACACAUGCUACUAAGCUUCCCAGAAUUCACCCUAACAUGGAUUCUGGCAGGAGCAGUUCUUCCCUCCCCCCAGCCAACAGAUUCCUUGUGGUUACAAGUUCAUCACAGCUUCAGCUCAGAACAAGCUCAAUAGGGCCAGUCCUUCCAACCCUACCAGAAGGAUUGGGGCCUUCUGUGGACCAGAGGUCCUGUCUGGUUGCUGGAUCAGGAAGAAGGCCCUGAGCUGGUUGAAAAUCAAGAUUUUUAUCCAAAAAUCUUUUUUUGUCUGUUGGUCCCUGGAGAGUCCGGUUUGGACUAGUAGAGGCGCACUUCUCCGGGUGGUGGUGUCUCUCUGGAGAUAGUACAACCUGAGCGAAUGUACCUAAUUACCCCCUACUGUUCUCUUAUUUAUCCGUCCCAUGGAAACACAUCCAUUUCCACAGUAAUACGGACAAAGUUACAUUUUAAUACAGUGGACCCCCAAAGGUAUUCACCUCUUUCAGUGAGGUCUAACUUAGUUCAAUAAAGUUCCUUCAGGAUAUUGUAGGAACUUGUCAGUCUGUUAUAUCAACAACAUCUUGAAAGCUAUAAAUGCAGUGUAGCCUCAGUACAUUUACAUACAUUUCAAAGCACUAACAGCUGUAGAUUAGCAAAAUGUCUUCCCAAAAACACUAACCCACAACCACCCCACCUGGAUUCAGAAAGGAAGGAGAAAAAUCUAUUAGCCAUGAACUGAGAACUCAGCCAGAGUUAAACAAGCUGGUGUGCUGUGAAUGCUGCUUGUCAGUCUCAUCUCAUUGAUUCCUUGUGCUCUCCCCCUCCCACCAAUCUCUUUGGUGUAUCCACCUGUUCUUUCUCAUCCAAUAGUGAGCGUAUGUCUAUACUGCAAUCCGAAGUGUGACUGUAGCACUUGUAGACAUACCCGAGGUAGCUUUGAUCUAGCUAGCUCAAAUUACAAUAGUGAUGCAGCCACAGCAACCCGGGCUGUGCAAUCCUGCUGGGGCCCUUGGGUAUGCAGUUGAGCUGCUAGCCUGUACUGCCACAACUUCUGUGCUAUUGUUACACAAUCUAGUGAGAUCAAAGCUACCUCAAGUAUGUCUGUGCUUGCUGCAGCCUCACCUCCGAUUGCAGUGUGCCCUUAGAGUCAAAGCUCCUUGGCUAGCUAGAUCAAUCCAUCUUUUUGUCAUGUUUGUGCGGUGCCUACCCCAAUGGGGCCAUUAUCUCUAGGCAUUAUCGCAAUACAAAUAAUGAAUACUACUACUGAGAGUCACUUUCCAACCUAGGCCGAUCAGAGGAAGAGAUUCAAAUAAUUCCUGGAACCACAUAUGUUUGUAGCACAAGAUUCAGUUCAGGGGCAUCUCCUAGGGUCACUUUCUUUUGACACCCAAAGAACAUGUGCUGGGGGAACAGUCCGAAGGGCUAUUCCAGUCCAGCAGUAAAGUUUAAGGUAGGCAGGGUAUGUUCCCAUCCAACCCUGAGCUACCUACGAAUGGAAUCUUAGGUUUCUGAGUGAGGGCUUGUCUAUGCUACGGGUGCUACAGUGGCAGCGCUCCAGCUAUGCUGCUGGAUCACCACAGAGUAGAGGCUUCCUACAUUGACGGAAACCGGUUUUCCAUUGACGUAGGUAAUCUGCCUCCCCAAGGAAUGGUAGCUAGGUUGAUGGAAGAAUUCUUUCCAAGCACCAGGGGUUAGGUCGGUUUACCUAUUGUGCUCAGCAGUGUGAGUUUUUCACACCCCUGAGCACUGUAGCUAGGUUGAGCUAAAUGUUAAGUGUAGAUCAUGGCUCAGGAUAUGAAUCUACUAAUUUCUCUGUUGAGAUAGUUGUAAGAAUAGCGAGGGAUAAACGAGAGCAAGGUGGCUGUCAAAGUCACUCACAAGGGUCAAUGUCGACGUGGCCCAGCCAAUUGAUUCUAGCUGCUGGUGACAUUUGACUCUUACGGUAAGAAACCAUUCCAAAUCAGCUAUCAGCAGUUGGGAAGGAUCAGGAGUUACCAUUAGUCUGAGAAGACUGAAAGUCCUCUGAUGUGAGAGAGGUCUGAAGAAAAAUAUCAGCUUUCAUUUUAAAAAUAAUUUUCCUUUGACGAGCAGUGGCAAUAGAGUCAGCCCAGAGCCCCGCUGGCAGUUUGUCACGGAAUGUGUUUCCCAAAGUCCAUGGAGCCAGUUCUUCAGCUGGUGCAAAUCAGUGUAAUUCCAUUGACUCAAGUGGAGGUGUGCCAGUUUACGCCAGUCGAGGAUCUGGCCCCUUGUGUGCUUUGGGGUUCCCUCCACCCACCUCUAUAGGUAUGGGGGUUAGUCUUCGUGAGCUGUGACACCAUGCACAUGGGGUUUUUUUGGAGGGAGCCCCCGGACCAUUUUAUAAAGUUUGUAUGAAGCCAUCAGUGAGUGCCAGCUGGUUAGCGAAAAGCAGAUCUCUUGAUAUUCUCAUUUGUUAAAAAUGUCUCUGUUUUUCCAUGCGUGUAAAAUUAUGUCUUGUUUUACAAACUGUUUAUUUACAGUAUUUACACUGCCAAUUUCCCCCCAUAAUGGUCUGUUUUUACUAUUCUCUUUGCCUGGUCUAUUUUUUUCAAUGUAUUUUUCUUUAUUUUAUUUGUUUAGUUUAAAGUUUAUUUGCUAUUUGGUUUUGUCCAUCAUAUGUACAGUAACUCCACACUUAUCGUCAUCCCAGUUAAUGUUGUUUCGUUGUUACAUUGCUGAUCAAUUAGAGAACAUGCUCCUUUAAAGUUGGUCAGUGCUCCCUUAUAAUGUUGCUUGGCAGCUGCCUGCUUUGUCCACUGCUUGCAGAAAGAGCAGCCCAUUGGAGCUAGUUGGUGGGGGCUUGGAACCAGAGUGGACUGGCAGCCCCCCAUCAGCUCCCCUAAGUUCCUUGUGUGGCAGCCGCCCAGCAGGCUAUCAAGUGCCGGGCAGUUCAGCUGUCCUGACCCCCUCUGCCGUGUGCUGCUCCUGCCCUCUGCCUUGGAGCUGCUCUCAGGAGCCUCCUGCUUGCUGUGGGGGGUGGGGGGUAAGAAGAGGGGUAGUAAUGUCAGGGUGUUCCCCUCCCCCCACUUCUGCCCCCCCACUCCUGUACCCCACCCCACAGAGCAGGAGGGGGACACAACAGGGCUCAGGACGGAGGGAGCUUGCUGGCAGCAGCUGCUGUCUCAACUUGCUGAUCUACUUAAAAAGGCAAUGUACUUAGAGUGUGGUCAGCGUACCUAAAGGGGCAAUGCGCGUCUCUCUCACACACACACAUGGUGUGUCUCUCUCUCUCUCUCACACGCCCGCGCGCGCACACACACACGCGUGCGCGCACACACGGUGUGUGUCUCUCUGUCUCUCUCUGUCAUGCUGUGUCUCCUCCCUCCAUUCCUGCUGCCUUGUAGAGUGUGAGGCUACAUUAACAAUGUGUUAACCCUUGAGUGACCCUCUUUCACCCACUGACUCCACCACCUCAACCAAGCUUCACAAUCAUCAUUGCUGUGUGCAGUAUUAAAUUGUGUGUUUAAAAUAUAGUCUUUUGUUUGGAAAAAAAAAAUUCCCUGGAACCAAAUUUCCCCUCCUCCCCGUCAACAUUAAUUCUUACAGGGAAAUUGGAUUCACUUAACAUUGUUUCACUUAAAGUAGCAUUUUUCAGGAACAUAACUACAGUGUUAAGCGAGGAGUUACUGUAUAACAUUGGCAGUUUGGUAGGGUCUUUACAAUGACAGGACAAUAUGUAAAUGUCCUGGAGUUUAUGAUUUCAAUACCUUUAGUGACUUAAAGUUAUAAAAAACAAAUUUUCAUAUAAAAAGUCUAAUAAUUUGUAGCUUUAAUAAUAAAUACAAGCACAUUUUUUUUUAUCCUUUGGACACAAAUACCCCUCUGAAGGGGAAAGUAGUGCAGCUGUGCUGAAAGUUUUUCUGAGGAAUACCUCUACAGCAAGUAAAAACAACGAGGAGUCCUUGUGGCACCUUAGAAACUAACAAAUUUAUUUGGGCAUAAGCUUUCAUGGGCUAGAACCCACUUCAUCAGAUGCAUGGAGUGGAAAAUACAGGAGCAGGUAUAAAUACAUGAAAAGAUGGGAGUUGCCUUACCAAGUGUGAGGUCAGUCUAAAGAGACAAUUCAAUUAACAGUAGGAUACCAAGGGAGGAAAAAUAACUUUUGUAGUGGUAUUGAGAGUGGCCCAUUUCAACAGUUGACAAGACGGUGUGAGUAACAGUAGGGGGAAAUUAGUAUGGGGGAAAUUAGGUUUAGGUUUUGUAAUGACCCAACCACUCUCAGUCUUUAUUCAGGCCUAAUGUGAUGGUGUCCAGUUUGCAAAUUAAUUCCAGUUCUGCAGUUUCACGUUGGAGUCUGUUUUUGAAGAUUUGUUGUUGAAGAAUUGCCACUUUUAGGUCUGUUAUUGAGUGGCCAGGGAGAUUUAAGUGUUCUCCUACUGGUUUUUGAAUGUUAUCUACAGCAAGUAGAUAGUCCAUGUAUGUGUGAACAUGUGUUUUGUGAAUUAAUUAAUAAAAUUCUCAUCACUUUCAGAUUA